AUGCGCCGGGUUCUGGUGCUCAUCGCGCUCAGGUCGCGGGGUGGCCCCGGCGCGCCGCCGCGGGACUUCGCGCUGACGUGCUCCAGCGAGACGUUUGGCAUGGCGGCGGAUGCCCUCGGCAUCUUUCAGCUUCGCAACCACCUCUGCGGGAUGAGGUGCGGCGGGGCAAGCGACGCCCUCCCGGCCCAGAGGAGGGCGCAGGAGCAGGUGUUUCGCCGCGGCCGCUGGGCUGCGCCGUCGUCCACGCGGCGGUGCGCUACGGAGACGGCCCUCUUGCGCGAGCUCGAGGGGGCGCGCCCGGGCGUCUGCGCGCUGGGCGACCUCGUCGGGCGGAGCUUCUGCCUGGUCCUCGAGAAGGGCUUGGCGGGCGCGAGGUCGAUGCGGCAGGUGCCGGCGAAGUUCGCGGCGACCGCCGUGGCAGGCUCCCCGGUUGGCCUUGGCAGGACACGGAGACGCCCCGCGGCCAGCGGUUGA